UCCGUGUAGUUGACUCUGCAGAAGGCUGCCUUGGUCGGCGGUGAGGGGAGACCGAAAGCAAUAUGGUGGUCACGAUCGAUCCCAAGGUGUGGCAUAAGGCCGCUGCAAUCUCCGGCGUUGCUGCGCUUGGCCUUGGGACUUACGGCUUUCAUGUCUUCAGCCCCCAGAACCCAUCUUUCAAAGAGGUUUGGCGCACCGCCGCCCUCUACCACUUGGUCCACACGGCCGCCUUGGUUGGAGCUCCGAUCACCAAAUUCCCCAACAUCUUCGGAGGGCUUCUGACUGCCGGUAUCUUGGCCUUCUCGGGAUCGUGCUACAUGGCGGCUUAUUUUGAAGACAAAAAUUACUCUUUUCCUGCGCCAUUUGGUGGAUUUGCAUUUGUUGCUGCUUGGGCUAGCUUACUCUUCUGAUGUAUAUAAUGUACAUUCGGGAAUUUUAUAUUGCAUGAAAGCAACAGUGCAGUAUGCCAGUUACUCUUCUGACAUAUUGCAUGAAUUUUAUAUAUGCUCUCUGUGCCUCGGUGCAAUAUACUGGUCUAUUUAAGAUUGUAAUCAUUGUCUUAAAUAAUUGGAUGUUUUCAGUGAUACUUUUUGUUGCUUAUAAA